GCGCGAAUUCAACCGCUUGCUGGACGCUACUUCUUAUCUGUCGCACCAAGUGGACUUUAACUAUUACAACGACACACCCGUCUCUCUGGGCCAGGCUUUGGAGUGGGUCAUUAAACUUCAGCAGAAAAAUGUCAAGCAUAAACAGAUUCAACAUCUAAAAGCUGUGAUUACUUUGCAAGAAAAACUCAAAACGAACGUAAAUAAAAUGUCUGACAUCCAAGAGUUAUUAAGGUCCAUGAAAGCAGAGAAAGAGUCUUUGAUCGCGGAUAGACAGAAAGGUGCAACGGGAGACGCAAGCGUCUUGCAAGAGUUCAAUUUGCGUCGCUUGAAUAGAGAAAUGAACCUACUGUGCAACGAGUAUGACACUUUGGUCGCCCAGAAUACUGGCAUUGAAGAGAAAUUGACGCAGCUUGAGACUAACCCACCUAGCUCGGUGUACCUCUCAGUCAGAGACAGACAGAUCUUGGAUUGGCACUUUGCCAACUUGGAAUUUGCAAACGCAACGCCACUGAACACGCUCUCGUUGAAACAUUGGGACCAGGACGACGACUUCGAGUUCACUGGCAACCAUUUGACAGGUAAGUGGGCGUGGCGGAGCUUGAGCAAGUCAGUGAUGCGACCACCGAUACACUUUUGAGACGCGAUGAAGCAA